AUGUCUACCAUCUCCGAGGCAAUCAUCAAAGAUCACCGUGAGCUCAAAGAAUACUAUAAUGAAGUGGUGAACAAUCCGGGAAAUCACGAUCAUCAAGGCCGUUAUGGAAACCAAUUCACUUGGGAACUAGCCCGCCAUUCUGUUGGUGAAGAGCUAGUGGUCUAUCCUGCAAUGGAGAAAUAUCUGGGAGAGAGAGGCAAAGCCAUGGCGGAGGAAGAUCGAAAGGAGCACGCUGUGGUCAAGGAAUUGCUCAAAACCUUUCAGAACAUGAAGGCUUCAGACCCAGACUAUGUUAGCCAGCUACAGAAACUCUGGGGACCCCUAUCGGAGCACAUCAAGGAGGAGGAGGAGCGGGACUUGCCUACUCUAGAAGAGAAGCUCCAAGCUGUCGAAGGAGAAUCGGCAUCAAUGGCCACGUCUUUUGGUUGGACAAAGGCCUUUGUGCCGACUCGCAGUCACCCGAGCGCUGGCGAACAUCCGCCGUUUGAGACUGCCAUGGGACUGCUUGCAGCGCCCAUCGAUCAUGUAGCUGACCUGUUCCGCAAGUUUCCCAACAAGAAGGUGUCUCCGAAUCCUUCUACUGAGUAA